UUCGCGGGAGGUCACUGCUAAAGAUUUUUCAAUAAAUAUUUCGUAAAAUAUUUGUACCUGUAGUGUAGUGAUUGCACUUUUGUAAAUUCAAAAUAAAUGAAAAUAUGGCAUCGAAAAAGCUUGGUAGCAGUGAUAAACAAUAUUCGAUGAUGAAUUUUAUUAAAAAAAGCAGUAGAGAUCCCUCAAGGAGUAACAGCCCUAAUAGUGGCGAUAACAACAAAGUACUCGGUGUUGAGAAAAAGUCAAAGUUUGUUUGGAAGUCAAAAUCCAACACUUCAAGUUCAUGGACUCCACCAUUUAAGGCAAAUGGCCAUUCUGAUAAUCAAGUGGCUUCGAGCAUCCAACCAACAAUGAAUAAGCAGGCGAAACCAGUAGCAGCCAAUAUGAAGCAAAUCCCAAAUGAAAGGAUCAAAGUUAUGGACUCCAUGGAUGUUGAUGAGAUCCCUGAUUCCCCUGAUAUCUUCAAUGAUAAAUGCAAGACUCCAUCACCUGAAAUUUCAAACAAAUCAAUCAGAAUAAGUGCCACUCCCACCCCACCAAAAUCCAAAUCUUCUGUGGAGAAAUCUGCCAAAACAUUAAGGACUCCAGAGAAGUUAAGUCCCAGGAGAGACAAUGACCCAUUGAGAAACUUAAAACUAGAUAGUUCUCUAUCGGGGUUUUUGAGUAAGAUAUCAGAAAAUCCAGCCCUCAGUCAAAAGGAAAAUAACUCACAUAAGUUGGAAGACAUAGAAAAAUGUAAGAUGCAGUACAUAGAGCUGUUAGAGAAAAUAAGUGAUGCCUUUGACAGAAUACCAAAUGUUAUUAGAGAGAAAUUUCCAGGCUAUGAUAAGAGAACAUAUGCAAAAAUGAAAUCCCUAAAGUCAAAACUGAAGCAUGUUAUAAAGCAAAAUAAUGAGAAUGAUAAAGUACCGAUACAUAAACUAGAAUCACCAAAAGUUGCUACUAAUUUGAAUGGUAGCAGUCCAUCUAUGUUGCAAAACUAUGAUGAUGACCUUAGUGAUUUUGAUCUUGAGUCAAGUGUUAUGAAUAGAAAGAGGCUCUCUAACACUGAAAUAAAUAACACCAGUAAAUUAGCCACUUCCACACCAGACACAAUUAAUUUCAAUAAACUGCCUGGACCUAGUAAAACUAUUUAUUCAGAUUUAAUGGCCAAAAAGUCUCUCUCGUUUGACGCAUUUUCUCCCCGAGACGAUGCGUCAAAUAAUUUAGAAACUAGCGCCCAAUCAGACACAGGGAAUUUAGAUGUGUCUGAUAAUGUUAACAAAAGCAAAGGCAAGUUUGUGUUCAAAAGACCUUCAAGGCUUAUGUCCGAGGAUUCUAGCAGUAAGACUUCCACACCUAACAGAGAUGUGCCUUCAAGUACGCUAGAAAGACUAAAGAUAGCCUCAGAAAAGCUGAAGCCUUUAGUGCAAGAGGAGCCGCCGAAAUGUGCGCCCAUAGCCAAUAGUUCUGUAGAGUUCCAACCUCCUCAACUGAGCAAAAGUUCUCUGAUGAAUUAUGAUAAGCCAUGUACUAUAGUUUCUCCGAUCGUAAAGGAGACCAUAGUCCAGGAUUAUAGCGAUGAAAUAGACGACUACGAAAUCCCUAUUGACAUGGACGAUGAGCCAGAUAUGUAUCUCGCAGAAUCCAAAGGAAGCGUGAUUAACAUUAGUGAUUCUGUAGCCAGUACUAGUAAUGCUGAAUGUAUGAACAAUCUGGAUAUACCAGUUGAUGAUGAUGGUUUCCCCGAGUACCGGCCCGAAGACUUCGAAGACGACAUGGUCCUGCUGACCAGUAAGGAGACAGAGGUAGUGAAUUUGAUGGACCAGUCCAUUGCGAACGACAACGGGAAGGCCAAGUAUGAAGGAAUGGGGGACUUCCAUGCUGGCACCAAAAACGAUGGGAUUACAGGCGAGUUUGACGGCUUCUCGUUCCCGCACUCAGAGCUGAUGAUGGAAACCUUCCGCGAGAAGUUCGGACUCAAGUCCUUCCGGCCCAACCAGCUGCAGGUCAUCAACGCGGCGCUGCUCGGCCACGACGUCUUCGUGCUCAUGCCCACCGGUGGAGGAAAAUCAUUAUGCUACCAGCUGCCUGCGAUUUUGACCCCCGGAGUCACCAUCGUUAUAUCCCCAUUAAAAUCACUCAUCUUGGACCAAGUGAACAAACUGCUUUCACUUGAUAUCCCCGCCGCGCACUUAUCGGGCGACGUGUCUCUAGCGGCUACCGACGAGGUAUACCACAAGCUGUCCAUGCGGGAGCCGCUCAUCAAACUGCUGUACGUCACUCCCGAGAAGAUCAGCAGCUCGCCCAAGUUCCAGGACACGCUGGACAACCUGCACUCGCGGGAGAAGAUCGCCAGGUCAGUGCCGAUAAUUUAGUGUAAUGUCCGGCAUUCACCGUAGAUC